AUGUACGUUGCAAAACUUAAAGAUUUUGGUGUCGGUGCAAGUAAUGUAAAUAGUACACGUCUAAAGUAAUGUAAAUAGUACACUACCUCAUGUUUCCGCACAUUCACAAGGACGACACAUACUUUUAGUUUUGGAUCACGAUGUUGGAGACGCAAUAAAAUUGGCCAAUGAACUAGACACCGACGCUGAGGCUGCGCAUCUUGCUAGAGCUGCAAGAAUAGUGCGUAAGGACAUCUUGAAACAAGAUCAGUCUUUUGAAGGAACAUUGGGCACUGAAUGUCAAGAGAAUUCUAUUCCUGAAUCUCUUAAAGCUCUCGUUACUUUUAUAUUGAAAGGCUCGACUAGUUAA